AUGGCAGUGGUGUCUGCCUUCCUGCUGCUCAUUCAUUUGUUCGUGACUUCCAUCUGCGUUGCUGUGUACAGUAUGUCUGUGAGGAGAAGACAAACCAGCUCUUCACAGGAAGGAUGCUUAUCAUUCGAGGAUGUGGCUGUGGCCUUCACCUGGGAGGAGUGGCAGUUGUUGGACCCCCAUCAGAAGGACCUGUACAAGGACGUGAUGCUAGAGAACUACAGCAACCUGGUGUCAGUAGGGUAUCCAGCUACCAAACCAGAUGCAGUCUUCAAGUUGGAGCAUGAGGAACCACCGUGGGUAGUGGAGGAAGCCAUCUGUGGUGAGACCCUUCCAGAUUUCGUUAUCCAGAGUACAAGAGAUACAGAAAAGGAUCCUGAGGACUUUAGUGGAUAUGGGAAAUCAUCUGGCCACAUGAAGCAAGAUAAAACUUCUCCUGAAAUUAAAUAUCCUGGAUGCAUUAGAUCCAGUAGCACCAAGUCACAGCCCAAUGGCCAUCCAAAAACUUACACAGUCAAGAAACCAUAUGAAUGCACUGAAUGUGGAAAAGCAUUCACCAGGAAGGCACAACUUAUUAGACAUCAGAGAACAGAACGAGGAGAGAAACCCCAUGAAUGCGAUGACUGUGGGAAAACAUUCAUGCGAAAGAUUCAGCUCACUGAACAUCGGAGAGUUCAUACAGGAGAGAGACCCCAUGAAUGUAAUGAGUGUAGGAAAGCCUUCUCCAGAAAGUCACAGCUCAUGGUACAUCAGAGAACCCACACAGGAGAGAAACCCUAUGUAUGCAGUGAAUGUGGGAAAGCCUUCAGCAGAAAGUGCCGGCUCAAGAGACAUCAGCAGUCUCAUACUGGAGAGAAACUCUAUGGAUGCAAUGAGUGUGGGAAAGCCUUUUCCCAGAAGGCGUACCUCAUUGCACAUCAGAGACUUCACACAGGAGAGAAGCCUUAUGAAUGCAGUGAGUGUAGAAGAACCUUCUUUUUUAAGUCAGACCUGACCAAGCAUCAAAGAAUCCACACAGGAGAGAGACCUUAUGAAUGCAGUGAGUGUGAGAAAGCCUUCAGAAGCAAGUCUAAACUCAUUCAACAUCAGCGAACUCACACCAGGGAGAGACCAUAUGGAUGCAGUGAAUGUGGCAAAGCUUUUGCCCACACGUCAGUACUCAUUAAACAUAAGAAAACUCAUAACCGAGACAAAGGGACAAACUCACUGAAGGUGAGAAGACCUUCCUCAGGGAGUCACAUGCGGGAACUCAUUCAAGAGCAAAACCCUGGGAGUGCAGUGCCUACGGAAGAGCCUUCAGGAACUCAGCCCUUGUUAAACAUCAGUGAACUCCUAGGGGGAAGAACGAUGGUGGUUGUAGAAGAGCCUUUUUCAAGAAGUCCGGCCUUGGUAAAUAAUCGGGGACUUCCCCCAGAAAUAAACCUUGUAAAUGGAGUGAAUGUGACAACACCUUCAGUAAUAAAUUAUGUCUUGUAUGUUACAGAUACCCUGUAG